CCUUCUCACUCAUAUCACCCCUUUUCAGUGGAGAUCGCACAGCAUUAUUCUGGACUUGCAGAUUUGAAACAACAAACAUGAGGUUUGCUUUGUUUCUGAACGGACUCCUGCUGCUCUUUCUGCUUGCUGACCGGACAGAAAGUGUUGAAUCUGUGGACAUCACAACUCUUGCUCGGAUUAUUAACUUCUUCGAACAGAACUAUAAGAGAGUGGAUGCAGAUGGACAUGCCCGUCAGUACGCUACAGCCAUCAAUGUACCAAUGCAACAGUGUCAACCAAACUUCGUUCCAGCCCAGAACAACUUUCUGACUCAAGAGAUACCAGCAAACGUGAAAAACGCUAUAACUGAUGAAACAAAUGCACUUUACCAGGGUGCAGAGCUCAUCGCCGCAGGAACUAAGAAAGUUGUGAUCAGUAAAAAGAAGCAAUACAACAUGCAUUCAGAGUCUCUCCUGCUCAAUCCUGCCGGCAACUCUCCAAUGACCAAACUUCUGAAUAAAAGAAAAGACGGCUGCUCGGUUUUCUACACGUUUGAGUCCCCAUGUGUGGACACAUGUCUGAAUCCAAAGAAUGACCACAAUAUUCUUGAAGGCCUGAAGAAGUGGAAGGAACACGGUGGGAUUAAAGCUUUUGCUUUCAAGAAUUUCUGGAAGUUUGACACUGGAAAAGAUCUUCAGAGUGAAUUCAAGAAGAUCGCGGCUAUUGUUCCUCUGUACCGCUGUGUGAGUGAGAAUGUGUGUUAUGCUUGUAAAGGGGAAGGAAACACUGCCAUUGACUCCCGCUGUCUGCCUUAAGAAAACAUCUAUUCAUGCACAUGCAAUUUAGUAUUAAAACCUAUUAUCUUUUAUUAUGAAAUAUAGUCAGCUUAGAUUACAAUGCAUUUUAAAAAAUGUACUUGCUUCUUGUUUAAACAAAUAAAGUACUUAUGCUUGC